AGAAAGCAAGCAGAUGAGGCAGCUGAUGAUGAUGAUGUUAACGAGGAAGAAGCCGAAGCGACGCUCCGCCCGGGUAGUGAACACAAGUCCGGGCUGAUGGCAGCGCUUGGAUCCGGCAUGUACGGGGGACUCGAAUUCUAUCACACCGAUCUGCAGAAAGUAGAAAAAGAUUUGUUCAAUCGAUGUGCUAUUACACGAAAAUUUAUCAAUGCGUGCGUAUAUGGAUGCUUGCAUGCUGUUCAUUUUAUCUUAUCCACAAGUUCGGGACAAAUAUUUUAA